ACCCUGUAGCGCGGGGCGGGCGGUGGGCGCUGGGUGCGAGUGGACGCGGGGCGGGCUCCUCACCGCGCGGACUUGGAUUGCGCCCCGACGAGCAGUGGACGCACGGGUGGCGGUGCAGCGAUUCGUCGCGCGUGGUCCUGCGGGGAAGAGCUGCUCGCUAGGUUUGCUUCCGCCUGACCUUCCCAUAAGGAUCAGUCGCCAAUUCUCGUUAGAAAAUGGGCCCGACAGGUCGCCUCGUGACCAUCAAGAGGAGCGGGCUGGACGGCCCCCACUUCCCACUGAGCCUGAGCACUUGCUUGUUCGGGAGGGGCAUUGAGUGUGACAUUCGUAUCCAGCUUCCUGUCGUGUCCAAACAGCACUGCAAGAUUGAAGUCAGUGACCAGAAGGCAGUCUUGUUUAAUUUCAGUGCCACAAACCCAACACAGGUGAAUGGAUCUGCUAUCGACGGGCCCGUGCAACUCAGGCAUGGGGACGUGAUCACGGUCAUUGACCGCUCCUUCAGGUAUGAAAGUGACAGUCAUCAGAACGGAAGCAAGUCACCUGAAUUUCCAGGACAAAGACGUGAACAGGCAUCUCCGAGUCGGGUCUCAAGGUCUAGCUUCUCUUCCAACCCCGAUGGGAAAGUUCAAGAUCCCAGUGCCGCCCGCUCACAAGUCACUGAAGAGGGUGGUUCAGGAGGGCCCCGGGAGCGCAGGGAGCAUGUCGGGGCAACCCGCACCCCCUCACGUGGCUCAGAAGGUCCCACUACCAAAGGCACAGCAGAUGUUGGUUCCUCAGAGCCCCCUGGAGAUAACCACGGAAACGCAGCCGGUCCCCCUGCUGGGGGAUUCGGAGCAGGUUCCCAUGUGACCCCCCAGCGCUGGAAUGGGGGACAGGGUCUGGAGAAGGACGGAGCGAAUGAGUCUCCCUUUCGGAAGCUCUAUGAGUCUAUGAAGGAAGAGUUAGAUGUGAAAUCGGAGACUGUUCUACAGAAUCGUAGGAAAUCGGGAGCACGGGGUCAUCGUGCAUCAGAAGCCGAAAGCGCUGGCGGUUCACAGAGCGCGACUCAACCACGGGUCUCGCCCAAGUCCAGGCGGAGAUCUGGUCGGAGCAGCCAGAUGGAGGCAGAGAGAGCGGGUGAGGGGCCGGGUCAGACUCUCGAGGCCACCGCGAAUCCCAGCAUCCCCCCCACAGAGAUGACCAAAGCCAAGACCCCAGUCCAAUGUCCACAGCCCAAUUCCUCCCGGAGACGCCGGAGCGGAGACCUGAGUGUCACCCCUGGGGGUGAACCUGUGAGUCUGCAGCAAAGCGAAGACCUCGGGGCAGGCAGUGCGGUGUCUGCUCCCAGGAGGCUCUCGGCCAGACAGCAAACACCCGCCAAAGGAGAAGGCGCUGGCGACCUUGGGAACACAGCAGAAAAAGUCUUUUCCAGAAAAAGGAGAAGGAGCCUGUCUCCCAGUGCCAGCAUUCUCACCACAGGAACAGACAUUCCAAAGCAGACCCUGCUCUCCCCGCUGCUGGUCCCCGCGGAGCAGAAGGUUCCAGGCAGGGCCCUGGGCACGCCCAGGCAGCAGGGCACCCCCGGUUUCCCGGGCCUCAGUGCAGUGGAUGUCAGCAACAUUGGCGAUUCCCUUAAUAAGACCGAGGGGAAGCCCUUCAAAAGAAGGCGGGUCUCCUUCGGGGGUCAUCUGAGACCUGAAUUAUUUGAUGAAAACUUACCUCCUAAUACACCUCUCAAAAGAGGAGAAACGCCAAUGACAAGACGCUCUCUGGUCACCCACACUCCGCCCGUCCUGAAGAAAAUCAUCAAGGAACAGCCUCCGCCAUCAGAAAAGGGAGGAUCUUCAGAAAUCCGUUUGGAAGUGACCACACAAAACAUGUUUACGAGCUCCCUGGUGCAUAGUCCUCCAAAAACGUCUCCACUUGCAAAUGAUGGUCGCCGGCGGUCCCUCAAAUCGCCUGCCUCGAGUGGCAGCAAAUCUCCACAUCAAACAGAUGCUCCUCAGAGGGGAGGGAGGCGGAGCAGCAGCGGGCCUGCCAGGAGGGCCUCCGUGGACCGCGGCCAACAUGGCAUCCUGCAGACAAUUCAAUCCCGGCGGCGGAGCGGAGCCUCAGAGGCCAAUUUGAUGGUGGCGAGAUCGUGGGCAGACGUCGUGAAACUUUGUGCCAAACAAACGCAAACUAAAGUCGUCGUGAGACAUGGUCCUCCAAGACCGCCGAGCAAAAGGCAGAGAAGAACGAACACCCCAAAGAAGCCUCUGGGCAGUGUUCACAACGAGUUCAGUACAGGCCACGCCGCCUCUCCCUGCACCAUCGUGAUAGGGAAGGCUCACAUCGAAAAGGUCACCGUGCCAGCUCGGCCCUACAGAAUGCUGAACAACUUCGUGAUCAACAAAAAAAUCGACUUCAAUGAAGACCUUUCAGGGUUAACUGAAAUGUUCAAGACCCCAGCAAAAGAGAAGCCACAAACAAUGAACAUAGGUCCCACCACUUUUUCAAGUUCAGAGGACUUGCUUGGGAAAAAGUUUCAAGCACUUAAUUCAGAAGAAGAAGCUCUGCUCUGCACCCCAGAAAAGUUUGGAGAAAAUGUGUACCUCAGGGCUCAGAAUGCACCAGAAGGGCCAUGGGAUAAACAGUCUUCAAGCCCAGCCUUAACACAACAGUAUGUUACAGUAAAUGGAAAUAUGAAAACCCCACGAUCUGAGACAGAGCCUCCGAAGGCGGCAUCCAGUACAAACAAAUCCAGGAGGUCCGUGGAGCUCAGAAAUAUACAGGUGACAAGUGCAGAAUGUGAAAAGGAUGACAAAGAAGUUGACACUGUUCAGAACAUCUUGGGAAGAUGUCUGAGAAAAUCAUCAGUACAAGCACAACUACCAGAGGGAGAGAUGAAGGAAAGGGAAAGAUCCUUUGAAACAUGUAAGAAAAAUAUUGAACCUAAAGAAAAUUCUGAAAAACUGAUCACUGUGAGGAGAUCAAGGAGAUCAUCAGAGCUGAAAUGUACACCAAGAGCAGGCCUGAUCCGCAUCCAGAGAUUGCAAGAGACAGAAUCCAAGGAAGACUUGGAGGGCAUCCACAAUUUCCUCCAAAACCCAAGUCAUGCUGAGGAACCAGUGGGUACAGAAGCCAAAACCAUACUGAUGCACUGCAAAUCUCCACCACCAGUCAGCACACCAACCAAGGUGAACACACGUAUCAAGACUCCUUCCCAGAGAGUGAACGUAGAUCUCUCAGACCUCAGGAAGCCCACACAAACCCCAGGGGACACAACCGAUACACAAAAAGAACCAGUAGGUGGUGACAAAAGCAUGAAAGAAUUUAAGGAAGCUCCAGAACAGAAACUGGAUUCAUCAGAAAAUGUAACGAGAAGCAGGAGGAGGUCAAGAACACCCAAGAGGAAGGUUCAACCCAUAGAAGACCUGGCGGGCUUCAAAGAGCUCUUCCAAACACCAAAUCACAUCGCAGAAACAGUGAUUGAUGACAAAACCACCAAAACACCCUGCAGAUCUCCAAAACCAGAACCAGUCAGCACACCAACCAGUACAAAGAGACGUUUCAGGACACUUCUGGGGAAAGUGGACGUGGAGGAAGAUCUCUCAUCACUCAGGAAGCCAACACCAGGGGAAACCACACACUCGCACAGAGAGCCAGAAGGUGAUGAUAAAGGUAUCAAAGCAUUUAAAGAAACUCCAAAGCAGAUACUGGACUCAGCAGAAAAUAUAAUUGGGAGCAGAAGGUCAAGAACACCCAAGAAGAAGGUUCAACCCAUAGAAGACUUGGUUGGCUUCAAAGAGCUCUUCCAAACACCAGAUCAUAUGAUGGAAUCAUUGACUGAUGACAAAACCACCAAAACACCCUGCAGAUCUCCAAAAUCAGAACCAGUCAGCACACCAACCAGCACAAAGAGACGUUCCAGGACACCUCUGGGGAAAGUGGACGUAGUAGAUGAGCUCUCAUCACUCAGGAAGCCAACACCAAGACCAAGGGAAACCACACACUCGCACAGAGAGCCAGAAGGUGAUGAUAAAGGUAUCAAAGCAUUUAAGGAAACUCCAGAACAGAAACUGGAUUCAUCAGAAAAUGUAACUAGAAGCAGGAGGAGGUCAAGAACACCCAAGAGGAAGGUUCAACCCAUAGAAGACCUGGCGGGCUUCAAAGAGCUCUUCCAAACACCAAAUCACAUCGCAGAAACAGUGAUUGAUGACAAAACCACCAAAACACCCUGCAGAUCUCCAAAACCAGAACCAGUCAGCACACCAACCAGCACAAAGAGACGUUCCAGGACACCUCUGGGGAAAGUGGACGUAGUAGAUGAGCUCUCAUCACUCAGGAAGCCAAUACCAAGACCAAGGGAAACCAUAUACUCGCACAGAGAGCCAGAAGGUGAUGAUAAAGGUAUCAAAGCAUUUAAGGAAACUCCAGAACAGAAACUGGACUCAGCAGAAAAUGUGAUUGGGAGCAGAAGGAGGUCAAGAACACCCAAGAGGAAGGUCCAAUCCAUAGAAGACCUGACUGGCUUCAAAGAGCUCUUCCAAACACCAAUUCACAUCACAGAAACAGUGACUGAUGACAAAAUCGCUAAAACACCCUGCAAAUCUCCAAAAUCAGAGCCAGUCAGCACACCAACCAGUACAAAGAGACGUUUCAGGACACCUCUGGGGAAAGUGGACGUGGAGGAAGAGCUCUCAUCACUCAGGAAGCCAACACCAAGACCAGGGGAAACCACACAGUUGCACAGAGAGCCAGAAGGUGAUGAUAAAGGUAUCACAGCAUUUAAGGAAACUCCAGAACAGAAACCGGACUCAGCAGAAAAUGUAACUGGAAGCAGGAGGAGGUCAAGAACACCCAAGAGGAAGGUCCAACCCAUAGAAGACCUGGCUGGCUUCAAAGAGCUCUUCCAAACACCAAUUCACAUCACAGAAACAGUGACUGAUGAUAAAAUAACUAAAACACCCUGCAAAUCUCCAAAACCAGAACCAGUUAUCACACCAACCAGCUCAAAGAGGUGUUUCAGGACACCUCUGGGGAAAGUGGACUUGCAGGAAGCGCUCUCAGCACUCAGGAAGCCAACACCGAGACCAGGGGAAGCCACGCAUUCGCACAAAGAGCCAGAAGGUGAUGGUAAAAGCACUGAGUUAUUUAAGGAAACUCCAAAGCAGGAACUGGACUCCGCAGAAAAUGUAACUGGAAGCAGGAGGCGGUCAAAAACACCCAAGAGGAAGGUCCAACCCAUAGAAGACCUGGCUGGCUUCAAAGAGCUCUUCCAAACACCAAUUCACAUCGCAGAAACAGUGACUGAUGACAAAAUCGCUAAAACACCCUGCAAAUCUCCAAAAUCAGAGCCAGUCAGCACACCAACCAGUACAAAGAGACGUUCCAGGACACCUCUGGGGAAAGUGGACGUGGAGGAAGAGCUCUCAUCACUCAGGAAGCCAACACCAGGGGAAACCACACACUCACACAGAGAGCCAGAAGGUGAUGAUAAAGGUGUCACAGCAUUUAAGGAAACUCCAAAACAGAAACCAGAGUCAGCAGAAAAUGUAACUGGAAGCAGGAGGAGGUCAAGAACACCCAAGAGGAAGGUCCAACCCAUAGAAGACCUGGCUGGCUUCAAAGAGCUCUUCCAAAUACCAGAUCACACAGUAGAACCAAUGAUUGAUGACAAAACCACUAAAAUAUCCAGCCAGUCUCCACAACCGGAACCAGUCAUCACUUCCACCAGCAUGAUGAGACAACUCAAGACACCUCUGGGGAAAAUGGAUGUGGAGGAAGAGCUCUCAGCUCUCAGGAAGCCAACACCAGGGGAAACCACACACUCGCACAGAGAGCCAGAAGGUGAUGAUAAAGGUAUCACAGCAUUUAAGGAAACUCUAAAACAGAAACCGGACUCAGCAGAAAAUGUAACUGGAAGCAGGAGGAGAUCAAGAACACCCAAGAGGAGGGUCCAACCCAUUGAAGACUUGGUUGGCUUCAAGGAGCUCUUCCAAACACCAGAUCACAUCAUGGAAUCAUUGACUGAUGACAAAACCACCAAAAUACCUUGCAAAUCUCAAAACCCAGAACCAGUCAUCAUGCUAACAGGUAGAAACAGACGUGUCAAAGCUCCUCAAGGCAAAGUGGUUGUAGAAGAUGAGGUCUCGGCACUCAGAAGACCCACACGCACACUGGGGAAAACCACAAGGUCCCACAGAGCACCAGAGGUUGCUGAUAAAGAUACCAAAGUGUUUAUGGAAAUUCCAGAAGAGAAAUCGAACCCUGCAGAAAAUGUAACUGAAAGCAAGAGGAGGCCGAGAACACGUAAGGAAAAGGCCCAGCCCCUAGAACACCUGGCCGGCCUCAAAGACGAACCAGAGACUGUUGUCAAAACCACUGAAUUGUCCUCCAAAUCUCCACAGCCAGAAGCAGUCAUGCCAGUGCGCAGGAAGAGGCAGGUCAAGGCCCCUCCCGGGAAGGUGGACAUGGAGGAAGAGCUCUCAGCUCCCAAGAAGCCCACACGGACGUCAGCAAAAACCACGAGGUCCCACAGAGCACCAGAGGUUGCUGAUAAAGAUAUCAAAUUGUUGAAGGAAAUUCCAGAAGAGAAAUCGGACCCUGCAGAAAAUGUAACUGGAAGCAAGAGGAGGCUGAGAACACGUAAGGAAAAGGCCCAACCCCUAGAAGACCUGGCCGGCCUGAAAGAGCCCUUCCAAAUACCAAGUCACACAGAAGAACCAGAGACUGUUGUCAAAACCACUGAAAUGCCCUCCAGAUCUCCACAGCCGAAAGCAGUCAUGCCAGCACGCAGGAAGAGGCAGGUCAAGGCCCCUCCCGGGAAGGUGGACAUGGAGGAAGAGCUCUCAGCUCCCAGGAAGCCCACACGGACGUCAGCGAAAACCACGAGGUCCCACAGAGCACCAGAGGUUCCUGAUAAAGAUAUCAAAUUGUUGAGGGAAAUUCCAGAAGAGAAAGCAGACCCUGCAGAAAAUGUAACUGGAAGCAAGAGGAGGCCAAGGGCACGUAAGGAAAAGGCCCAGCCCCUAGAAGACCUGGCUGGCCUCAAAGAUGAACCAGAGACUGUUGUCAUGACCACUGAAAUGCCCUCCAAAUCUCCACAGCCAGAAGCAGUCCUGCCAGGGCGCAGGAAGAGGCAGGUCAAGGCGCCUCCCGGGAAGGUGGAUGUAGAGGAAGAGCUCUCAGCUCCCAGGACAUCAGGGAAAACCACGCAGUCCCACAGAGAACCAGUAGACAUCAAGGCAUUCAAGGAAUCUCCAAGGCAGAAACUGGGUGCUGCAGAAAACACCGAGGGCAGCAAACGCCAGCUAAGAUCACAGAAGGGAAAGGCCCAGCUCCCAGAAGGCCCAGCCCGCUGCCAACAACCCUUGCAAAGCUCAAUUCAGGAUGAGGAACUGGGCAUAGGAGCUGAGAGCGUUAGAACUCCAAUGCAAGCACCCGGCCAAAGCAAACCUGCAAAGCCCAGAGGAGUCCUCUGGGCCCUGGACGUAAAGCCCGUGGAAGACCAGGUGGGCAGCAGAGACCCUGUAAAGUCCCAAAGGGGGAGCAGCGUUUCCCUGGCCCCCAAAAGGAAGCGUGAAGAUGGAAGUCCCACCAGAAUGAGGAGGCUGCGCACUGGCACACGAGCACAGGACCCUGCAGAGGAGAAGCCACCACCGAAGAGACAGCGGGCAGCUCCCCGAGAGAGGUGUGAGCUGCCUGAACCCCUGGACGUGAAGAAGAGGCGGGGAGCUUUGGCAGAAAGCACGGAAGACAUGCCCAGCGAGGACAUGAAAACUAAGAAUAGGGGCCGAAGAGCACCGGGGGCGACCUUUUCAGGCAAGGAAAUGUCGCUGCGUUCCAGACUCCCAAAUAAAGCCAGCAGCGCUGAGCAGACACCUGAGAGUCUCCUAACAGCAGACAAGGUGCAAACAAAGAGGAGUGGGAAGAAGCCCGUGACGGCCUCCCUGGAGGCCGAGAGUCAAACCCCAGAGGAUGGAGCCAGGAGCUCUGCAUCGGGGGACACGGCCCGUGAGAGGAGAACGCGCCUGAGACCCGGGAGACGGGGGAAGGCGCCCUCGCCCAGCGCGGCCGGGGAGACAAGCGUGGAAACCCACGGGGAGACUCGGGAAGAGAAAGGACCCCGACGUGCGGGCUCCACACACGUGAGGGCACGGAAGGUGACAGUCCCUCCCACCGGGGACACUUUGGAGAGUCAGCCCAAACCGAGAGUGACGCGGAGCGCCAAGCGGCCUGCGGAAAAGUCACAGCAGGAGAACGACGACGCGGCCGGCAAGAAAAUAAGGACCCGAAGCCGCCGGGGCCAUGACGAUGUUUAGCUCAAACGUUCGAGAAGGUGGGGGGGGGGGUUAGGAAUGUAGUUUAGUGCUAAGUUCUAGAACAACGUUUGCUGUGAAUUUAAACGUGGAUUCUGUAAAUAAUGCUAUCCAGGUGCUUAAGGGAAGAAAGCUUUUAAAAAAUUAUGCUCAAUAGUCUAUUCAAAAACCCCGCCUGGAGUUAUGAAGAGGGUCUCCUGGGUCCCCAGAAAUAACAACUUAAGGCGGGUGGGGGUGGGAGGGGAGUUUGAGCCAAGCUGUACCCUUCAACUUUGCCAAUGCAGCCCUGAAGUUGACCUCUCCCGGUCAGCCCCGCCCCGGGCUCGAGCACUUGCAUUGUAAAUGCUUCUGUGUUUGUCUGUGUCCCCGUCAGGACCCCAAAGGCAGGGCCCUCGGGAAGCGAUAGGAAGGGGUAAGGGAAGACUCCUGGUGCUUCUAGAUGUGUCUUCACGGUGCAGAGGCCUGUGUCGGUGCCCGGGGUUGGGUGUCUGCACAGAGCAGGCUCAUCCGGGACUCCAGUCACUCAGGGAAUCAACGCGGCCCGGAGGAUGGCCUGUGACCCCAUCUUCAGGGCACAGGAGUCUGGCAGACAUCUCGGGGCCUAUUGGUGGCGUGCCUUUUUCACGUGGUAUUUGCCUAAACUAGGACUGUGCUCAUCUGAGAAGGACCCAUCCACCCUCCCAUUGGCCAGGGGCUCGGUUCUCAGGCUGACACCGUCUUGGCUCCCAGUGUCAGGCUCCCAGAUAGAACGACGGAGCCAAGCAGACCUGAGGUUCUCACAUCAGCAGAACAGGUUAACGUUUUCUGAGCUGCUGCUGGCCCUGGGCCCACCUAUGCUUUUUCUGGCUGCACCUGUCGGCCUAGGGUGCUCUGCACCCACCGGGGACAGGAAGCAACACGAGCCGUCUUAAUGCAAGGCCAUUUCUGACGGCAGCAGGCACCAGGGUCCUUCCCCGAGGGCCCGCCCUCUCACUGCGAGGCCGUACCUCCCAAUGGAGGGCAUACCUCCCAGUGGAGGCUGUACUUCCCAGUUGCAGGUCAAGUCCAGACUUCCGUCCGUUUCAGGCCUAGACAUGCAUCUAACUGCUGGCAUCUCUGUUUUUAUGUUCCACUGUGUCCUGUCACCUGUGUGUCCCCUGGUCAGAAAAUAGCACAUCUUCCAUCCAGUCGCCUCCCCAUUCACCCGCCUUGCCGGGCUGAGGAGAGGAUGGAAGAUGAGGUGGCUGUCCCCGAGUGUGAGUGUAAGGGCUGUGCCUGUCUAUGCCCUCCUGUCCUCUGUUUCUGGCAUGGAGCCAUGGUCAUAAAAAUAAACCUUUGUUAAUCAAC